AUGACGUCUAAUUUUGAACCGACCCAAACGGGAACCAAUGACUAUGAAAGCAAUUACCCUGACACUAUCGACCUGAAAAAACAUCCUGGUCCAGACACUUCAAGGCCUAUCGUUACUCAGCAACCAAAAGCAAGAGAGGAUUUCCAGAUGUCGUAUGCUUUUGAAUGGGAUACGCCCGAUAAUGGCUGGUACGGUUCGUUUAUCAACGGAGUUGGAUCCUGUUUUGGAGCCCUGGGAACCAUUCCGUGCUGCUUCUGCUUCCCUAAUCCGUACAAGGAUGUGGAUCAAGGACAUGUCGGAUUGAUUACUAAGUUCGGUCAAUUGUACAAAGCAGUGGACCCUGGUCUCGUCAAAGUUAAUCCUUUGAGCGAAAAGCUUCAUCAUUCUAAUGUGAUGCUCAAGACAAUGCAGAUCCCUACACUGUCUUGCUACACUAAAGAUAAUGUUUCUAUCACCUUGUCGAGUGUUUUGUACUACCAAGUGGUUGAGCCUCAUACCGCCUUUUUCACUGUUUAUGACAUUGAGGACUCGCUGAGAGAGCGAACGCAAACUACUUUACGUCAAGUUUUAGGAGCCAGAAACUUGCAGGACGCUAUCGAGAGACGAGAAGAAAUUGCGCAGUCGAUCGAGGAGAUAAUCGCAGAGCCUGCAGCCAGCUGGGGUGUUAAGGUGGAGAGUCUUCUUAUCAAAGAUUUCAGCCUGCCACCAGGAGUCUCCAACUCGCUUUCCAUGGCAGCAGAGGCCAAGAGAAUUGGAGAAUCCAAGAUUAUUCAGGCCAGAGCAGAGGUCGAGAGUGCCAAAUUGAUGAGAAAGGCCGCAGAUGUUUUGGCUUCUAAGGCUGCUAUGCAAAUCAGGUACUUGGAUGCUAUGCAAAAAAUGGCCGAGAGCUCGAAUGCCAAAGUGAUCUUUAUGCCUAGUCAAAACGCCAUUGAGCGUACGGCACAAUUCUCUGGAGGGGGCGACCCUCCAGCCACAGAGCCUGGUCCCGACGAUUCGCAACAUCUGUCUCGAAUCAUUAGUCUUCAGGAGGCCAUCUAA